GUUUUUAUUUUCUGAUAAGAAGUGAAGUGAUAACAUUUUUGAAUUUUUUGUUUUUUUUAAAUUUUGUGAAAAAAUGAAAAAAAUGAUGAAAACCACGAUCAAAAUUACGUUCGAUCUUUGAAUUUUGAGUGAGUAUUGUAAUAUGCAGUAAAAAAUUUUAUUCGAUGCAAUCGUAAUAAUAUGUCGAUUGAAACAUCAUUACAUUUUUGUCCUCGAUGUUCGAAUAUUUUGACGUUUAGUAAAGUUUCUCAACAAGUGCGCUACACAUGUAACUCGUGUCCUUACAUAUUUAAUCUGAAUCGUGACAUUUCCAUGAAUAGAACCUAUUUUAAAUUGAAGGGUAUCGACGCUUUAUUAGGAGGAGAAAAAGCCUGGGAGAACGUUGAUUCAACUGAUGAAAGAUGUCCAUCGUGUAGCCAUCCUCGUGCUUAUUUUAUGCAAUUGCAAACUCGUUCAGCAGACGAACCUAUGACCACAUUUUAUAAAUGCUGUAAUCACGAAUGUGGACACCGCUGGCGUACGUAAUAAUGGUUCUGAAGAUUUUCCAUUUUCUAUUCGUGCCAUCUCGCUGCUUAAACAUGAAUCGUUCGUUGAAGGA